UAAAAAAAUAAAUAACCAAAAUACAACAUGGAUCAAUUGAAAAAAGAACGUGAAUUAUUUAUGAAAAAAGCAUUUGCAUUGCCUGUGAUUGAAAAACGUAAACAACAAGAUGAUAAUGUUGAUGAUAAACAUUCCGCUCAAAAUGAUUCGAAAAGAAAAAGAUUCGAUUCAUCGUCAACUUCAUCGACAGCUAGUUCCAGAGAUUUUUUUCCCACCAAAUCAUCCGUACCGCUGCAUAAUUUUUCCAUUCUAACUAAAAUUGUUAAUUCAAUGAAAGAUCGUUAUCUGAAUGGUGAUUCUGAAGCAUUGACAUUCGAUGAAUUAUUAGAUGAAACGAAUCAAUUGGAUUUAAGUGGCCGACAAAAACAAUGGCUCUUAACCGAAGCAUUGCCAAAUAAUCCACGUAUAACCAUCACAGAGGAUGCUAAAUAUGCCUAUAAACCAAUAUUCAAUAUAAGAGAUCGAAAAUCAUUGAUACGAUUGUUGGAACGAUAUGAUUCCCGUGGCCUCGGCGCAAUCGCCUAUGAAGAUAUCAAAGAAUCAUUGCCAAAUGCUGAUAGAAUUAUAAAAUUUUUGGCAGAAAAAAAUCAACUAAUAGUUAUUACAAGACCAGUGGACAAGAAGAAAAUUUUAUUCAUUAAUAAUCUAUCAUUAAGUUUUAAUGUUGACGAAGAAUUUCAAAAAGCAUGGCGUUCAAUCGCAGUGGAAGGAAUGGAUGAAACAAAGAUUGAAGAAUAUCUUAAAAAUCAUGGCAUUAGUUCAAUGCAAGAUAUGAACAUACGGAAAUCAUCGAUGCCUAAACAGAAACGUAAAGACCAUGUAAAACGGAAAUCAAAUUUCCGUAAAUUGAACAAUCAUUUGGAUGGUUUAUUGGAAGAUUAUAGUGAUAAACAAACAUAGAACAAAAAU